GCGCUCCGACCGGCCCCCGGGACGCCUUCGCAGCCCAGGACCCCCGCUCCGGCCGCUCGGCCCAGCAGUGCGCGGCCCCGGGGCGGGCUGGCCGGGUCACCUCUGCACAGGUCCCUCUCCGGGGGGAGCCGUGGCCAGGACGAGCCCAGCGUACACCCCUCAUGCCCAGAUGCCUGAGUAGCUUCCUCCAGGCCCAGCGAUGGAGAAGCAGGCGGGCAGGCCCUGGCUGUGCGUGAUGCUGCUUCUGUCUCUCCCGCAGCUCUGCCUGGACCAGGAGGUCUUGUCUGGACACCCUCUUCAGACACCCUCAGAGGAGGGCCGGGUCCCUGAGGGUGUCUGGGGCCCUUGGGACCAGUGGACCACUUGCUCCCAGCCCUGCGGGGUGGGGGUGCAGCGCAGAAGCCGGAUGUGUCACCUCCCCGCAGGCCUGGUCUUGCCUCCCGGGCCCCCACGACACCCAGAAGCCCUGCACCCCCAGGGUCUGGGCCCCAGACCUCAGACUCCGGGAGAAACCUGGCCGCUCCACAGGUCACAGCCUCGGGGAAGGGGCGGCCCACUUCGAGGUCCUGCUUCCCAGGUGGGACGAGAGGAGCCCCAGGAGGCCUGGAGGUCCUGGGUUCGAGACCCCAUCAAGCCCGGCAUGUUUGGUUACGGGAGGGUGCCCUUCGCCUUGCCACUGCACCGGAGCCGCAGACAUCCCAGGGUCUCAGCCAGGCCCAAGCCCUCCGUGGCCUCUGCUGCAGUGGACAGUCCCCUUCCCUCCUCUGCACAGCACAGCCCCCAAACUCAGUUCCUGUCCUUAGGACCCGCUGCUCCCACCCCACCCCCUGCAGCAGAACCUGCCAGGCCCCAAACUGCUGAGACAGAGGUGCCCCCCAGAACCAGCCCUGACCCCACACAGCCCUACCCUGGAGUCCAGGCUUCUGGGGGUGCGGGGCCUGCCUCUCGCACCUCCACCUCUGGAGAAAGCGCCUCCUUCCUUGCAUCCCCUCAGCCGAGAAUGCCUCCCUCCCACCGCCUGGCCAGCCCCCAGGUAGCAGGCAGACGCCCGGAUCCUUCACCUUACAUCCCUCGGGGCCAAGGCCAGCAGAGCCGGGGACACUGGCGGCCUAGGGGGAGUCCUCACGGGUCCCUCUCCGGGCCUGCCCGUCACCACCCACAGGGGUGGCUGCCCCUGCUGAGGGCUGGGCCCCACCCCACCUCCUUCUGGGGCCUCUUCGCUCCCAGUGACCCUGUCCCAAGAUGUUCCGGGGAGAGCGAGCAGCUUCGAGCCUGCAGCCAGGCGCCCUGCCCCCCGGAGCAGCCAGAUCCCCGGGCCCUGCAGUGUGCAGCCUUUGACUCCCAGGAGUUCAUGGGUCAGCGGUACCAGUGGGAGCCCUUCAUGGAAGUUCAGGGCUCCCAACGCUGUGAACUGAACUGUCGUCCUCGUGGCUUCCGCUUCUAUGUCCGUCACACUGAAAAGGUCCAGGAUGGGACUCCGUGUCAACCUGGAACUCUAGACAUCUGUGUAGCUGGACGCUGCCUGAGCCCCGGCUGUGAUGGGAUCCUUGGCUCUGGCAGGCGUCCAGAUGGCUGUGGCGUUUGUGGGGGUGACGAUUCUACCUGUCGCCUCAUUUCGGGGAACCUCACUGACCGGGGCAGCCCUCUGGGCUACCAGAAGAUCCUGCAGAUUCCUGCUGGGGCCUCCCGUCUCCAGAUCGCCCAGCUUCGGCCCAGCUCCAACUACCUCGCACUUCGAGGCCCUGGGGGCCGCUCCAUCAUCAAUGGGAACUGGGCUGUGGAUCCCCCCGGGUCCUACGCGGGCAGCGGGACUGUCUUCCUGUACAACCGCCCUCCGCGGGAGGAGGGCCGAGGCGAGAGUCUGUCAGCUGCGGGCCCCACAACCCAGCCUGUGGAUGUCUACGUGAGCCCGGGGCCCACGAGGCCUUUCCUUCUACAGAUGAUCUUUCAGGAGGACAGCCCAGGUGUUUCUUAUCAGUAUGUCAUCUCGUCACCUCCUCCAGUCCUCCAGAGCCCCACUCCAGAGGCCUCUGUGCCCCAGCUUCGGCCUGAGAUGCUGAGGGGGGAGCCCCCACGCCCCUCAGUGCCCCGCCCAGCCCGGACUCCAGGUACCCUCCAGCGUCAGGUGCGGAUCCCCCAGACGCCUGCCGCAACCCACCCCAGGUCACCCCUGGGGUCUCCAGCUGGAUACUGGAAGCGAGUAGGGUACUCCGAGUGCUCGGCUUCCUGUGGGAAAGGUGUCUGGCGCCCCAUUUUCCUCUGCGCUUCUCGUGAGUCAGGAGAGGAACUGGACGAACACAGCUGUGCUAUGGGUGCCAGGCCCCCAGCCUCCCCUGAGCCCUGCCACGGCCCACCAUGCCCUGCAUACUGGGAGGCUGGUGAGUGGACAUCCUGCAGCCGCUCCUGUGGCCCUGGCACCCAGCACCGCCAACUGCACUGCCGGCAGGAGUUUGGGGGUGGUGGCUCCUCAGUGCCCCCAGAGCGCUGCGGGCACCUCCCCCGGCCCAACACUACCCAGCACUGUCAGAUGCGCCUCUGUGGCCACUGGGAGGUGGGCUCCCCCUGGAGCAAGUGCUCCGUGCGGUGUGGGCGAGGCCAGAGGAGCCGGCAGGUCCGCUGUGUGGGAAACAGCGGCUACGAAGUGAGUGAACAGGACUGUGCCUCAGCCGCCCCGCGGCCCCCCAGCAGAGAGGCCUGUGACAUGGGGCCCUGUACCACCGCCUGGUUCCACAGUGACUGGAGCUCCAAGUGCUCAGCCCCCUGUGGGAGUGGAGUCCAGCGGCGCUCGGUGGUCUGCCUUGGGAGCGGGGAGACCCGCGGGCGGGGCGGGGAGGACGCAGGCGCCGGGGCCGGUGAGGAGAGCUGUCCGCCGGGGAGUCGCCCUCCCGACAUGCGCGCCUGCAGCUCGGGGCCCUGCGAGAGGACGUGGUGCUGGUACACGGGGCCCUGGGCUGAGUGCUCCUCAGAGUGUGGCUCUGGCACACAGCACAGAGACGUCAUCUGUGUGUCCAAGCUGGGGGCUGAGUUCCAUGUGACCUCUCCCAGCAACUGCUCCCACCUGCGCAGGCCUCCUGCCCUGCAGCCCUGUGAGGGGCAGGCCUGCCGGGACCAAUGGUUUUCCGCGCCCUGGAGUCCGUGUUCUCGCUCCUGCCAGGGUGGCACGCAGACGAGGGAGGUCCAGUGCUUGAGCGCCAACCAGACCCUCGGCACGCAGUGCCCACUGCACCUGCGACCCUCCGGGAAACGGCAGUGUAACAGCCAGCCCUGCAGCCAGCAGCCCGACGAUCGAUGCCAGGACAGCUCUCCACAUUGCCCCCUGGUGGUACAGGCCCGGCUCUGCGUGUACCCCUACUACACGGCCACCUGCUGCCGCUCCUGCGCGCACAUCCUGGAGCGCUCCCCGCUGGAGCCCGCCUGAAGAGGGCCCAGGGGGCCGCUCCUCCAGCUCUCUGACCGUCAGCCCGCGCCGCGCCCCUGCCUCUCCAGCCUGUCCGUUUUACCUCCAGGCGACUGGAGGCCGCGAGGCCACGGACAGUGGCCGUCGAGGUGUGGCUGGGUCCGUGCUCGUGGGGUGGCGCGCGUGCGGCGGGCCGGGUGUGUGCCCCGAGCCGGCGUCACUUUCCGGAGAAGUCACAGUCCCGGGCUGGGGAGGCGUGCGGAGGGGCGGCUCUGCUUCCCGAGGCUCUCGCGCUUUGGGGCUGGGGUGUAGCUCGGCGGUAGGCUGCUGGCAGGCAGGCACCAAACCCUGGGUUUGAACCCCGGCAGGCCCCGGCAGCCCCCCUUCCGGCCCUGAGCCCCUCAGCCUCCGCCCAUCUCUGUCCCCGCCCUCCCAGUUGGCGAGGGCGAGGCUCCAACGCUGCCUGCGGCAGCGCGCGGAGAGGGGGGCUCGCGGGAGCCCGGCCCCGCCUGCACUGCCAGCUCCACGACGAAAUGGCUCCCGCCCCAGAACUAAUUUAUUUUUUAUUAAAGUUGACUGUGACAAAGGA